AAAGGCAAUUCAAAUGAUGUAGAAUUUUUUUGAAUCAAUAAUUUAAUGUUCAAUUUCUCUACCUUUUUCAGAAAUCUCUUUAAAAAAUUGGACAAGCUACAGUCAUUAGAUCUAAGCCAUAAUCAGUUGAACUCAUAUUUUAGAAUAGCAUUGGAGAAAAAUACAAAUUUAAAUUAUUUAUAUCUGCAAAACAAUUCCAUUCCAGAUCUGUUCAUACUGCAUAUUAAACUUCCACGAUAUUUACGUGAACUAGAUUUGAGUUUUAAUGAAAUUUACGAAUUAAAAGGUAAAAAUCUCGAGCUAUUAUACACUAAUGAUCUAACAUUGAAUUUAAGCCACAAUCGCAUACAAACAAUACAAUUGGAAGAUUUCGGAGAAUACAAUCUAUUGGAUACAUUAAGCGUUAGAACGGAUUUAAAUCAUAAUCCUCUGCAAUGUGAUUGUAAAAUAUUAAAAUCAAUGGAAUAUUUGUUGAAUGGUUACAAAACUCACUUAAAGUUUAAUAUAGAAAAUUUAAACUGUUGGGGACCCAAACAAUUGAAUGGCAAAUAUUUAAAUGAUGUUAAGAAAAUGGAAUUAUUAUGUUCCCUGCAGCCGCAAUAUGUUGGAUCUUAUAAGUGUCCAGAAGAGUGUGAAUGUUGGAUAAGAUUGUAUGAUAAAAUUUUAUUAAUGAAUUGUUCGCACAGAAACUUAACCCAAGUACCGAUUAUAAAAAGUAUCAGGAAUUAUCUCAAUGGCAUAGAACUGAAUUUAAGCGGAAAUCUAAUUACUACACUACCCUCUUCGCUUCAACAAGGUUAUGCAGAAUGUACUAAAUUAUUUUUAUACCAAAAUAAUUUAAGCGAAAUCAAUAAAUCGCAAAUACCCUUAAAUUUAACACAUUUGGAUUUAAGGCGAAAUCAAUUGCAGCUCUUAGAUGAGGACACUUUAACAUAUUUGAAUGCCAACCGAUUUCUGCAUACCAUAUAUCUGUCCAGUAACAAAUGGAAAUGUGAUUGCAGCGAUACAUCAGUGUUUUUGUCAAAUACUAUCCAGAGCAAUCGUUCAAAAUUUGUUGAUGGCUCUAAAGUGGCAUGCCACAAUUAUUCCAAAAUACAAGUGAUUCAAGACCUAAAAGUUUUAUGCCAUAAAAAGAACAUAUUAAAUAUUGUAAUGAUUUGUAUGUGUAUAACUAUUAUAUUUAUAAUAUUGACUUUAUAUUACAAAUAUCGGACAAAAAUUAAAAUAUUUUUAUAUAGCCACAACAUCUGUCGUAGCAUUGUUGCUAAAUAUGAUGACGUUGAUGAUGUUAAUAAGAGAUAUGAUGCCUUUAUUUCCUACUCCCAUAAAGAUGAAGAUUUCAUUGCAAACUAUUUAGUGCCCGAAUUAGAAAAUGGCUGUCCCUCCUUUAAGUUAUGUGUUCAUGUCAGAGAUUUUGUUAUCGGUGAUUAUAUACCAGAUCAAAUUGUAAAGUCAAUAGCUGAUUCUAGACGUAUCAUUGUUGUGCUGUCGAACAAUUUCAUAGAAUCAGAGUGGGCAAAAAUGGAAUUUAAAGAAGCUUAUCGUGCUACCCUAACGGAACGUAGAGCGAAAAUAAUUCCCAUAAUGUAUAAAGACAUUGGAGAGUUGGCUAAUUUGGAUAAAGAAUUAAGACUAUAUUUAAAAAUGAAUACGUAUUUAAAGUGGGAAGAUCCGUGGUUUUGGCAAAAACUACGAUUUGCCAUGCCUCACAAAAAAUGAUUGAAUUUUUAAAUAAAUUAAAAAAUAUAUAUACAUUAGGGUGGCCCCAAAAUGGAAGUUUUUGAUGUUCCCAUC